AGAAGGAGGCUUUGCAUUGUUGCGGGAAGCGAAUCGAUCGCGAGAUGCAUGGAACGAACCCAAGCUGACGAUGGGUACAUCAGCCUCAGCAUCUUCAGUUGCCCAGUUUCAGAAUUCGCUGGUUGGGUUUCAUGCGUUGAAUGAUCCGGAGUCACGCGGCUGGAGGGCUUGAUUCGAGCCCGGGAUGGUGGCAGAUUGCUGCUGAUGCACAGUGGUUUCGAGGAGAGUCGGUCUGGGCUUGGGCACUGUGUGAGCCGGCGCAGAGGAAGAGCUGGUCAACUUAAGGACUUUAGAGGAGAGAGGAGAGCGGUGCCCGAGUGCUUUUUCUUGAGGUGUGUAGGAAUUUGACAAAAUUUGAAUUACGCCCUCGUUGGAAGCUGGAAUCUUCGGGUGGUGCGGGGCCUUUAUCACGACGGGGAAGUAGACGGCCAUGUAGAGAGUAAUUGGGGGUGCUCGAGACGCGGUGGAGGAGGCGUGGAGAGAAAGUACAUGGGAUGGGUGUUUCGAUAUAAAACGUUGUUGUGUGGGUCGUUGAUCAGUGGAUGCGGAAGCGUGUUGUGAGAUGGAAGAAACUUCAACAUAGUAGAGCGCCGUUCUUUGUAAUACAGAACAUGAACAGUGGAGGGGAUUGCGCCAUUCAUCUUUUACAAGUUUAGAGUGUCUGGGGAUGACAAGUAAUUCUUAAUGGCUGACAAAUUUAAGGUGAAGUGUACAGACAUCCGAUCGUCUCACCGGACUCGUUCUCGGCACUUCGUUUCUGUCGCAUGGAUUUAGAACAUAUUUCACUGGGUUCCCAGGGCCGGAGGGGUUAUCACUGACGCUCACUCGAGGAUAUCGUAAAUCUAUAAUUGGAUUUGUUCUCAUGUCUGUAUCACGCCUGAUGAUGUAUGCUAGCUUCGUGACGGUCAACGUACAGAAUUUUUGGUUUAGGUCAGAAGCGGUUAGAUCUUCUUUAGGUGCGGAGAUAAACAUCUUUAGGAGGCUUGGAAGCGAAUAUCUUUUAUGACCAAGAAGUCAUCAGUGUUGACAGGAACGGCCGCAGCAAGAAACGGAUAUGAAAGCAAAGGAUUCUGAGCCGGUCCCGGGUAAUCUUUUGCUUAUCCGACAAGGGUAUACGACAAGAUUUCUGUCUAACGCAAGUGUGUUUGAUCACAUCAGUAGACGGACGAUCAAUUAGAGACACUCCAGAAUACUAUAUUAUAAAUAUGGCACAGAUUCCUCUCAUCCAGUCCAACUAAAAAUGUCAGCACAAUGAGUGAAGAGGAGGAAGAAUUCGUGAAGGAAGAUCGAGGUGGGCAGGUUCUAGAGUGUUAGAUUGAUGGUGGUUUAGUGGCACAAAUGGCAGAUUCUGGAAUUCUCGAUGGUGAAACUCAGGAGCACUCCUUUUCUUCUCUAUCGAGGAGCAGUACUCAGUCGUUUGAUAACUCUGAGAAGGUCAUCAGUGAGGAUAUCAGUAGCAAAUCAAUUCCUGUAGCUUUCAAAUCGCUAUCUCUGUCCUCUAAAUUUGAUUCGUUUAAGGAUGUGGAGGGUGUAUGGUCCAACAAAGAUGUUUGGGUGGUGCCGCCGUCAGACGUCAAUGAUGAAGUAAUGGGAAGUAGUCUGGUUGAUGAGUACGAUGAUGAGGAUGAUGAAGAAGGGAUUUGGAAGAAGCAUUCGUCACCAGAGACUAUUCGUAGCGGCAGUGACUAUUUGCAUAGCAAGAUAAAGCUUCGUGCGAAACUGGAGCGUGACUUCCUCUUAGCUGUGGAGAGAUUACUUCAAGAUGAAGGCAUUCCCAAGGGGGAGGAAGGCGACCCCAAUAGCUGGUUACAAAUUGUAAGCAACUUGGCAUUGCAGGCUGCCACCAAUGUGAAACCAAAUACUAAUAAGGGAGGGGUUAUGGACCCCGGAGAGUAUGUGAAGGUAAAGUGCGUAGCAUCGGGUGAAUGUGCUGACAGUACAUUGGUGAAGGGUGUCGUUUGUCAUAAGAAUGUGCAGCAUAGGCGAAUGAUGUCACGAUUCAAAAAUCCUAAACUUUUGUUGUUGGGCGGGGCGUUGGAGUACCAGCGGUCUCAAAAUCAACUAUCAUCUUUAGUUGGAGUGCUUCAGCAGGAAAUUGAUUAUCUGACUACGACACUCGGACGUAUCGAUGCUCUUCAUCCUAACGUCCUGCUUGUGGAGAAAACUGUUGCGGGAUUCGCUCAGGACACGUUGUUGAAUAAAGAAGUAUCAGUUGUAUUGAAGGUGAAAAGACCAUUGUUGGAGCGCAUCGCCCGAUGUACCGGUGCGCAUGUGAUUCAAUCGCUUGACAACCUGGUGAAUGUUAAAGCGGGGCAGUGUGAACAAUUCCGUAUCGAGAAGUAUGAGGAGGAUCUAAAUGUAGGGGUUCCGGGUACCAAGAAAACUUCCAAAUAUCUUAUGUUUUUUGAAGGUUGCCCGAGACCUUUGGGGUGUACUAUCAUACUUCGAGGGGCAAGCACUGAGGAGCUGAAGAAGGUGAAGAAGGCGGUGAAGUUAGCCGUGUUUCAUGCCUAUCACCUUUCUUUGGAGACGUCCUUUCUGGCUGAUGAGGGUGUAAUGCCACCUUCUAAUCCACUUCAGUGCAUUCCUUCUUCUAAACGAUCCAGCUCAGAUAGCUGCAUUUCAACCAUAGCUGGUUUUACCCCACCAGCUUCUCGAGUACCUAGUCAUGGUAGGAGUGACAGCCUCAAUAAUCUGGCGGUGCAGAAGAAUCAUGUACAAGCAGAAGAUGUCGGAGGUGGCAUGUCACAGCGGGGAUCCAGUGACAGCUUGGAGGCUCAGCAAUUCGCGGAGUUCACGACGGAAGAUUUCCCUCCAUCGUCACCUGAUCAUCAAAGUAUCGUUGUGUACGUUUCAAAGCGCACCAUGUCGAAGGGCACUGUUUGUGGGAGGCCUCAACUCAGACGAAUCAAAUAUUACGGGUCAUCUGACAUGCCUAUUGGAAGCUUCUUAAGAGAGUUUCUUGGUAACGUCUCCAAAACUUGUCCAGAUUGCGAUGAGCCAAUGGAGGAACACGAGCAUCGGUUUGCGCAUUCGCGUGGCUGCCUCACCCUGUAUUGCAAAGUCACGAGGGGUCAUUCAUUACCAGGUGAAAAGGAAGGGCAAGUAUGGAUGUGGCAUCGUUGUCUUCGCUGUCCGCGCCCAGAUGGGAUUCCUCCACCUACUAGAAGAGUCCCUCUGUCUGAUUCUGCUCAAAACAUCUCGUUCGGGAAGUUUUUGCAGCUUAGCUUCUCUGAGCAGGCAGUUGAAACCAUCGCAUCUUGUGGGCAUUAUGUUUACAGGGAUUGUUUGAGAUUCUUUGGGAUGGGGGUUGCGGUAGCAUGUCUUCUGUACAAUCCAAUCAAAUUGCUUUCUGUCUCCGUGCCUCCUCCUCAAUUAGAAUUUAAUCUUCCUAGUGAGCAGGGGUGGUUGAAAGUCGAAACUCAAGAGAUUGUAGAGCUUGGGGUGAAUCUGUUUGCUGCAGCCAGAGACCAAUUAAAUGACCUUAGCAACUACACUUCCAAGUUAGGUCCUCAGCUCAUCGACAACGGUCCUGGACCACGUGGUCAGCUUGCAGAGCUGGAGAAUUUGCUGCAAAGGGAGAGAGAGGACUUCGAGGAGCAACUGCACAUGGCAGCUCCAUUGAAAGAAGGGGCAUCUGAGCCAAUCGCUGACAUCUUGGCUCUCAAUAAGCUGCGUCGCCACCUGGCAUUAGUUUACAAUACUUGGGACCUUCGAGUAAAGGAGCUCUGCGCGCAUUUGAAUGCCCUUCAGUAUAGGGGUAGAGCUGCAGGUUUGGAAAUCAAUGGCCCCCCACCAACUACGUCGUCCUCUAGCAUUCCGGCCUCAGUUUCAGAGGCUAGUGGUGGAUCUGUCUCUCAUUCAGAAGGACCGCCUUCGGAAUCGUCUUCGGGAGAUCCAGUGUCACCGGAAACUGAGAGCGAUCCAGGGAUGCCAGAGGUUCCAGAAAGCAAGUUGAGCCAAUUACCUGAGGAGGUUGUGUCUGUUGCCCCUGAGGAAACAAACCCAGAACCUGAAGGAGCAGAUGAUCUUGGUCCAAGUGCUGAGCAGAUUGAUGAAGAUUCGGACACGUUAAGUGACUCCGCAGCAAACGGUGAAGUUGUAGGCGAAAACCCCGCACUUACUGGAGAAAGUGCUUUGGAUGUUGUUUCGAACAAACCCUCGACUUUGGGCAGACAGACCUCAAGUCCUCUUCCCUCCAGUAGUUUAGGCACGCAAACAGAAGACACCGAUUCCCCUGCUUCAGGUGAAACGGCUCAUCCGCGGAGUCUAUCAGAAGGACAUUUUCCCAUCAUGGUGGACCUUCCAGAUACGCUUGAGGCCGCAUGGAGAGGUGAGGGUGGGUUUAAAGAUGCAGUUGCUGUGGAUUCCAGGCCUGAGGUUGCAGAGGAUCCUCUUGCUCCCGACAAUGUUGUUGCCUUUGGUGGUCAGGAAGCGGAGGUAAGUGAUCUCACAGCAAUGACCACGCCAUCAAGCCAGCCGGAGGCGGAUGAUAGUGAGGAAGUUGUUGAGACAAGUGGAGAGGACGAUUUGGAGCAGAGCCGACUGACUUCUCCUUCAGAAGAUAAAGAAGAGGUUAAUUUAGCGGUCAGUAGACCUACAUCCCCCUUGAACGAUAAAGAAGUACCUGAAGAAUCGGGUGGUGUAACAGGGGCUCCUUUGUCCAGCAGCUCGUACAAAGGAUAUAAAAGUUCAAGCUUAAUGCAGAGCAACUCCAUCGUCUAUAAUGCUCCAUAUAAUAGGAGCAAUACAACGGUCCCAAAAGUCAAACAAUUUUUCUUACAAGGAGUCGCUAGAGUCCGUCUGCCUCCAGGCGUCAAUGGUACAGUUGUUGCAGUUUAUGAGGACGAGCCUACCACUGUAAUUGCGUACGCCAUCACGUCACCUGAAUAUCAGAGACAGAUUCAAGAUCCCGUGCAAGAAAUCCUCAAAGACUCUUUCGAGGAGCGAGAAUCAAGUUCUGGUGCGGAGGAUUGGACAUCUCCGAGUGACUUCGUGGAUGAUGGAAUGAGAAGUACAACACCUCCCUUAGAUUUACCAGGUACUCCCCGAGGAAGGAGGGCGGAGUCUUCUAUUGAUAGGGCACUUACCUCACCAACCCCUCUUACUGUGAAGCUGCGGUUCACAGACUAUGGGGAUACCGUGAAGUCAGAGUUUCAGGUGAAUUGUUACUAUGCCAAACAGUUUAUUGCACUCAGAGCAAGAUGCUGUGGGGGCGAGAUGGAAUACAUUCGCUCUCUGAGCAGAUGCAAGACGUGGGGCGCCCAGGGCGGGAAGAGUAAGGCGUACUUUGCUAAGACUCUUGAUGAUCGCUUUAUUGUGAAGCAGGUUUCUAGUCCUGAGAAGUAUUCUUUCUUGGAGUUUGCUCCUCAAUAUUUCAGACAUCUUUGGGAGUCCAUGAGCUCAGGCAGUCCAACUUGUCUUGCAAAAAUUGUGGGUUUCUAUACCGUCACUGUUAGAAAAGGAGGGAAGGAGAGAGAAAUGGACUUGAUAGUGAUGGAGAAUUUGACCUAUGGAAAGACAAUCAGCCGUAUUUACGAUCUGAAAGGUUCCUUGAGGUCCCGCUAUAAUCCAGAUACAACAGGUACUCUGCUAGACCAGAACCUGCUGGAGGAUAUGCCAACAAGUCCUAUUUUUAUGACCAAUAAGUCUAAGCUUUUGCUGGAACGAGCUGUGUUCAACGACACCAGUUUCCUUGCAAGGGUUAAUGUCAUGGAUUAUUCCUUAUUAGCUGUGGUGUCAGAAGACCGUCAAGAAUUAGUGAUAGGAAUUAUUGAUUACAUACGGCAGUAUACGUGGGAUAAGCAUCUGGAAACGUGGGUGAAAGCAUCUGGCAUCUUGGGAGGGUCGAAAAAUACUACACCUACCGUUGUCUCUCCUAAAGAGUACAAGAAACGUUUCCGGAAGGCCAUCUCUAGCUAUUUUGUUGUCGUUCCUGAGUCCGAGGCCCCUCCACUCCUAAGCAUAGGGAACCCGCCACCGUCAUCUCGUGAUUCUUCCUCAUCACCAGAACCUGACAGUCAGCCAUCUACGGGGGAGGAGGUCUAGUUUAUCAUUAGUGGGGACAGGAGAGGCAACUGCCGUCUGCAGCCCUCCUGAACCAUUUCGAUUUGAGUUCUGUACAUUUAUAUUCAACUCCAAUAGAGUCAUGCCCAUGCAUUCAUAAUUUUCUCUUUCA